AUGGGCGACGACCCACCGUCGUCUUCGUCGUGCUCCUCCCCUUCGCGUUAUCCGGGAUCGUUGCCGUCGUCACGACCGUCCUAUACCGAUGAUCGCGCCGGUUCAUCCACCAUCGCCACCGCCAGCGCUAGCUCAAGCGCCAGUGGAACCCCGCGUCGACGCGGCGGAGGCGACACGACCCCGACUACGGCCACGACCACGACGACGACGACGACCGCGGGCACGACGCUCAACAGCCCAGGUUUAGCGAGUGCUUUCCGUAGCUCGUCCACGGCUUCCUCAUCCUCGGCCUCGCCAAGGACUCCCGGGGCGAGAGCUCCACUGGCUCAAUCGUACUCGUCGAGCUUCAACACGUCGUCGUCUUCUCAGGGUGCCGACCGAGCUUCGCCUGUCACCGAAUCGACCACACGACGGCGGACAGCAUCCACGUCCUAUAGUCCGGGUACAACAGGGAGAAGGGGUACGAGGGGUGACUACGCUACCACGUCGACCUCUACGGUUCACCACACACCUUCCCCUUCGAGGUCGUCGGCGAAUCCGGGCUCGGCGGACACAUCGCCGAACGAGCGGUACGACUUUCCUUCGCUCGUCACGACGAGUCCACCCAUGGGCUUGCACAAAGCGUCUCCGGUCGUAAGUGGCACUUCCUCACCCCGAUCAAGCCCACGGGUGCGUCCAACGUCCAAAAUGUCGCCCUCGGCUUCGAUGACCGCCGCGCAGGAAACCCGAUCAAGAGCUAGUCUCGGGUCCGGCUUCGCGGUGAGGAGGGGACCUUCACCACCGCCUUCAGUAACGUCGAGUCCGUCCGGUAGUUCGACCUCCGUUCGUCGUAAACCACCACCUUUGACGAUCGAGUCGGGAUCACCAAGGUCAUUGCGGACCAAGGCUCAAGUGAUGACACGCGCCGAUUCGUCCGACAGCUCCGACAUGGAGCCCUCGACGUCGGCUUCGGCGGCGCGAGGCUCGACGACAAGAAGGACACGUGAGGAUUCGAUCGGGAUCGACGAUUACGCCAACUGGUCGAUGCCACCUGCAACGGGGACGCGUGACUCGGUCAUCUCGACACCGGUGCGACCCCAACCGUCAACGUCAACGGGUGCCGCUCGGCCGCCACCACCGUCUGAAUCGCAUUCGUUCGCGAGCCCGGGUACACGUGCCGAGGAGAGGGAUACACUGUCCGGUCUGGGCUACCAUGGCGAUAACCGUGCCGAAGCAUCAACCUCGGGUCUUGCGCUCCCUUCCGCCUCGUCGUUGUUCGCUGGAUCUGCCUCGACAGCUGGGAGUGAUCCCGGCCUCGGUCUUUCGAGCUCUUUCUCAACGUCUCGUCUCGGUGCGGACUCCUCGACCGGCCACUCAACAUCGUACACCAGUACAUCGUUCGAGGCCACACCCUCCUCCUCGACCUUAUCACGACGCCGAGAUUCCUCAUCUUCGACCUUGGCGCUCGAUGCGUCGAGGAGCUCAAGCAGCAUCAGCGGACCCGAAAGCCCCGUCACGGAUCGGAGACAACUGAUUGGGCUGGGGGAGCUGGCGACGCCGAGAUGGACCAGUGGAGCUUCGGAGAGGAGGUGGGGUUCGAUGGAUGAUGAUCAGACCAUGAGAGAUAUGGAGUACUUGUCGUCGAGUGUUCCCAGGGAGCCGAUGGUACGUUAGCUUGGGUACGACGCCCAAAGCUUUGUGGAAGACUGUCAGCUGAACUCACAUCUCACGCAGCCUGAAUUCUCUCGGCAGCUCUCCUUGCACUCACCAGUAGCGGAUCGGCAACCACUCGCAAGCCCACAACCCUCUGCUCCCGCGAGCGCACGCUCGAGCUCGUUCCCGGCCCAGCCAAUGCAUCCGACGACGCUUUUCCCCUCCACGGCUGGCGGGUCCAACUCGGGGUCAGGGACACCCGUUGAUACUAGAGCUAUCGACGAUGCGAGGUUGAGCAAGGCAUUGGCCGACGUGUCGUUGAGGGGCACCAUCUCUUCGUCACCUCGUGUGCGCAGCACGCCCACGACUCCCUCCAUCACGCGACAAGAAGCAGCUGGUACCGUCCGGUCGAACGACUCAGAGGUUCCGGCGUCAAGCACAUCCACCUCGGGCGUAUCGUGGCCCAGAAGUGAGCCCUUCGUGGGUCUCGGUCUCGACUAUGAGAGCGGCGGAACACCCGGUCGGGGUGCGGGCGAGGUGGAUGAGCAGGAUACGCUGCGUCGAAGGACCUCGUCGAGUGGUCGACGAACGAGCAGUAUCGGGGCCAAGACUUCGUCAUCGUCCGCUGAAGGUAAAUCGCCGUCACUCUCUUCCACGCCUCGGUCAAACACCGCCCAUCGACGGUCCUUGACAGGAAAGAGUGGCGCAUUUUCGCAUCUGCCGCCUUCACCCGCUGCGUCGACGGCUGCACACGCCUUGGCCGCUUCUACCACAUCUACUUCCGCGCCUCCUCCUCCGGCGCCUCCAUUCGCUUCGACGUCCACUACCACCGCAAGCUCCGGAUCGACGACAUCGAGUCAUCAGACCGCACCCCAAACGACCCCUGGGCGACCCACGGACCGCCUCUCGCACCAGUCGCUUAGCUCUCACCAUGCGUCCCCCUCGAUGGUCGCCGCCUCGAUCCUCCGGCAAACGCAGAAAGCGGAUUUGGGGCGGUUCGAUAUGCACGAAGCCGCUGCGGCAGACGAAGGUACGGCCGAAGCUCUACGCAAGCUCGAUGGGCUGUGCUCGCCUAGGGUGUCGCGCGUCUUACCGGCCAAAGACAUCGGCAAGGGCGUGCCGUCGGGAUCCAGCUCGAGCGGACAGCGCAGUCGACAGAAUAGUUUGAGUCGGCGCAAUUCGGAAGAGCUCAGGAUCAAGCGAAGGACACGCAACAGUGUUGCAGGAGUGCUGGCGAAGGAAGCCGAGAAUGAGCCGUUACCAGGCGUUGAUGCAGAGCGGCUCUCGACGCAUCCGAGCAGCGAGGCGGGGACAACUCCUACACCCGCAGUCCCGUCGCCUUCGAGCCUCGCUCCCACUCCUUCGAUGGCCGCCUUGGAGGCACCUCGAUCGCCUUUGGUCGCCAGUUCGGGUGCUCCAGAGGUCUCGAGUGCUAGAACAGGCAGUAGUGCGUCGCCCGCGGCCGUCGCGACCCAUGCCUGGCCCUCUCCAGCCACAUUACGGACGCCGUCACAUGUUUCGACCCAUUACGAUGUACCCUUUCCAAGUUCGAGCCCAGUCAACCGUGGUUCUUCGUCCUCGACGACAGGCGGCACCUUCACUUCGCACGAGUCUACGUCGGCGGCGUCCUUGUCGAGCUACUCGCUCGCGACCACGGCGCCUCGCUCGAGCUCAUCCAAGAACCGACGCAGCAGCAUGAGCAGCGACGUUUCGUCGGUCCCGAGCGUCACUGGAGAGGGUGGUGACGCGCGAGAGAGUGCCGGCGAGAACGACACCAUGCGAUAUAUACCCCCCGUACCGCCUUUGCCAAAGGACUUUGAGCUGUACCAUCGGUCGCCCAACACCUUCACUACGACUUCGAGCGCGCAAAACUCGCCUCGGGCCGAAGCACCACCAGCACCAGCUCCGAACUCGACCCGCCCCUCGGAAAGCACGCAUCUGCUUAGCCCGGGCCCGGGACAUUUCGAGUUUCCUACGAGCGCGAGGACCAGUACGGGCAUGAGCCCCACAAGCCCUAAAAUGCAUCCGCCCCCGCAGCCUCGCAAGUGGAGCCUUUCGAACGCGUUCAGCAAAGCUACGAUGAAAGGUUCGAAAACCUCGGGGGUCAAGGAGUCGAACUCGUUCACGGACCUGGCCGCUACAAGUAUCCGCAGUCGCAAGACGUCGACGACGAGCCGAAUUUUUGAAUCGGGCUUGCCCCGACGGAUGGCGUCGUCGUCGAACGACAUCGUGGGGCUCGCAGCCAGCACCAGCGGACCCAACUUGGCCCAGCCCCCGCCUGCUCCUAGCCAGGGCUCGUUCGGUCGAUCGAGCCGACACCUCGCUGCGAUUGUCACGUCUCGCCAAAGGACGGUCAGCCAGAGCAGCAGCUCGAUCCAGUCAAGUGUGAGCGUCGCAAACCCUUCGGUCAUCGCGACCAGUCCCGGCCGAUCCCGGUCCAGUCUGCUUAGCCCUCGGCGGACACCUUCUGGGAUCCCCUUCUUCUCCAAGAGCUCUGAUCAGGCCCCUAUCUCGGCCACGACACCUUCUCCCAACUCGGAGCAGUCGCCACGCACGAGCACGCCCCCCUCGAGCAAAAGUGCCGGUCGCAAGUCGAUCCUCGGUUUUCACUUUUUGCGCAAGGACAAGGAUCGUGACGCGAAGAAGGACAGCAAGAGUCCGGCGUCGUCUCCGCUUUCAAAUGCCACGUCUAGACGCGGCAGCACCGCUUCCUCGGUAUUUGCGUCGGCAUUCGACGAACCGAGGGUCACGGACGAGUUUGGUCGUCGGACCAGCAUUGCGUCGACGUUUGCGAAAUCGACCAGCACGGGUCCACGAAAACGAGGCAACGUGAGUAAAGGCCUCUUGUCGUCUUCUGCUUUGAACUGAGCUGAUCCGACUUGUUCUACCUUCCGAGAAGCAGACGCUCAGCAUCGUCAACAACAGCAAGCCUGCCGAGCGUGCCUCGAGGACACAGGCACAGCUACCACCGCUUCACGUUCCUGCCCUGUCGGCCACCACUGCUCGACGCAUCGAUUCUUUGAGCUCCGUUUCGUCGACCUCGUCUGCAUCCAAGACGGGAUCGCUCGCCCGCGUACCUGUACCCACGAAUCGGAUAAGCAAACUGCAGGAUUCGGUCAAGGCCAAUCUGCCGCCUAUCGUUGGUUCUCCCUCCUCUCAUGCGGUGCCGUCCGUCUCACGCACCUCGUCAAGCUCGCAAAGGUAUCAGCAGCACGAGCAGUGCAGUCGGUCGCCCAGUCGGUCGCCUGUGCCCAAGUCGCAAACGCCGACCAAGAUCCCUCGCUUCGGUACGCGACCAUCGACCGCCUCGACGGAUCGUGCAACGCCUCGAGGACCGAUCUCGCGCGAUACCUCGCCUGUCGUAGAUAUGGGCCACAGCGGAUCGCAUUCUGUCUCGCGUCACGGGUACUUGUCCAAGACCGUCACGCCCGAUCUAUCCCAUUCGACUGCCUCGGACGCACGAGCCCCCUCGAUUGGAGCGAGUGAGUUCGGCGCUGCAACGAAGCGCGAACCCGGACUAACUGCCGGCGUGAAGACAUUGUCCACUCGUCGGCGGCUCGAUUCGGAAUCGCACAUCCCUCGCAGUCGAAGCACGGCUCUGGCCGCGUCGACGAACACCGUUCGCACGGCGAGAGAGGAUCCGAUCACCGCGUCCCAGGCAUCGACUUCGAUCCAUUCUGCUCCUGCGCCAGUACCACGAGCAACGCGUCGACACUCGAUCAUCAGUGUCGACGACGGCAAGAUCGCUGCCACUCCUGCCCGAGUUCACCCUCGUACGACCUCGCUUUAUUCGUCGACGACCAAAUCGAGCGGAUCUCUUGACCCGUCGACCCUGAAUUCGAGUACGUCGUCGCGCAAAACCCUGCCCAGGACGUCGGAGCUCGCCACGGGCAGUGUCAACAAACGAUCGGCCCAUGGAUCCUUGGCGUCCUCGACGGCUUCGGUCGCCGAGUCGUCGACGCCUGCGUCCGCGUCCACUCUGUCGAGCUCUCGAUCGUCGAGAACAUUAGCGACGAAACUCGCACUGCCUUCUCGCAUAUCUCGCUCUUCGACCUCGCCGUCGCUAUAUGCCGAGCAUUCGAACGACUCUGGUCGGUCCUCCGCAACCAGCUCCCAAUCGACGGUCGUGACCGAAGAUGAGGUGCGAGGAGAUGAAGAGAUGUCGGCCUACGUGCGACGACAGCAAGCCAAGCGACUUGCGGCGGGAAUGACGAACGAUGCGAUCCGCAAGAUGUUCGAGUUCCCCGAGCCGACUCAGCCAUUGCCUCCUUUGAGCCAUCGCGAUGCCUUGUCCCUGUACUCGCGCUACCUCUCACAAUACGAGCGACAAGAAAUUCGCGAGUACGAGAACGUCUACUUUGUCGGACCCAACUGCGACAAGAAGCCGGCCACGCUCGAAAACACAACGAACAACCACGGCUACGAUGACGAACGUGGCGACUACCUGCUUGUCAACAACGACCACAUCCGAUAUCGUUACGAGGUCAUCGAUGUGCUCGGCAAAGGAUCUUUUGGGCAGGUGCUGCAGUGCCGUGACCACAAGACGGGAGAGAUGGUCGCGAUCAAGAUCAUCCGCAACAAGAAGCGCUUCCACCAUCAGGCCUUGGUCGAGAUCAAGGUCUUGGAGAACCUCGUCGAAUGGGAUCCCGAGGAAAAGCACUUUGUGAUCCGCAUGGUCGAUUCUUUCACGUUCCGCGGCCACCUGUGCAUCGUCACCGAGUUGCUCAGCAUCAACUUGUACGAACUUGUCAAAGCCAACAGUUUCAAUGGCUUUUCGACGAUCUUGAUCCGAAGGUUCACGAUCCAGAUCUUGGGUUCCUUGUCGCUAUUGCGUCAUCAUCGGGUCGUACAUUGCGAUCUCAAGCCCGAGAACAUCUUGCUCAAGCACCCGGCGCGAAGUGGGAUCAAGGUCAUUGACUUUGGGAGCAGUUGCUUUGAGAACGAGAAGGGUCAGUGCAAGCAUUGGACACGGUCCCUACAUCGUUGAGUGGUAUCACUGACGCAUAAUGGUCCCAUAUUGCAGUUUACACGUAUAUUCAAUCCCGCUUCUAUCGCUCGCCCGAAGUGAUCCUCGGCAUGAAUUACCACAUGGCUAUCGAUGUGAGUUCCAGCGACUCUCGUCCGGUCUAAGCUUACUGACGAGAUUUGAUGGUCCUCGCUGCAGAUGUGGAGCCUGGGCUGCAUCAUCGCCGAGAUGUACACCGGGUACCCAAUCUUCCCGGGCGAGAACGAACAAGAACAACUGGCGUGCAUCAUGGAGGUAAUGGGCCUGCCUGACAAGUACCUCAUCGACCGUAGCUCGAGGAAGCGACUCUUCUUUGGUGGGUUGGCCUGGAUUUCCGUCGCACAGAAUACCCAAGAUCUUUUGCUCAUGUGCACGUCUCGAUCAUCACACAGACUCGACCGGUGCUCCCCGUCCUGUCGUCAACUCGAAAGGUCGACGCCGCCGUCCUGGGACCAAAACGCUUGCUCAGGUGCUCAAGACGGAUGACGAGCUCUUCCUUGACUUCAUCACCAAGUGCUUGACAUGGGACCCUGAUCGUCGUCUCAAACCGGAUCCGGCCUUACGUCGUACGUCUAAAAAGUCUAACUCAUAGUGGUGGAGCUUUUGACUGAUCACGAUCUCCCUUUAACCCUUCCUAGAUCCGUGGAUCGUCGCCGCUCGAACUCGAGCUACCUCCCCCACGGCACCGCCUCGCACUUCUCGCUCCUCCACCGCGACCGGAUCAUCGAUGUUGAGCGGCCCCAGCUCCACAAGCACAACAACGAGCUUAAUUUCGACCCCUCGCAAAAAAGUUGGCACGAUCGCCUCCAGCAGCAAUACCGCGCCCGUCCAACGUACCCGUACGCAUUCAAGCGUCACGGUCUCGAAUACGAUCGGCGUGACGGGUGCUUCCGGGGCUCCUCGUUUAAGCUCGAAGGGAUCGUUGCAGUUGCCGCCUUCGAGAGGGUAUUCAACCGUUCGCGCUUCGGUGGCCUAA